UUAUUGAUAAUCAAAAAAUAUGCAGAAAGCUCUGUUAAUGGUGUUAACAUGGAAGGAGACAUCAACCAGGAACUUCUUAGCAAACCAGCAGAAGCAGAAGUAACUGUUGCAGAUCAUGAAGUGUCGUUAAAGAACAAGGUUUGGAGCGAGACAAAGAAGUUGUGGGUUGUGGCGGGGCCUGCUAUAGUGACCAGAUUCACCACGUUUGGGAUCAAUGUUAUCAGUCAAGCCUUUAUUGGUCACAUUGGUGCUGCAGAACUAGCUGCCUACUCUUUCGUAUAUACCGUGCUUUUGAGGUUUUCAAGCGGCGUCCUGUUGGGCAUGGCAAGUGCACUGGAAACUCUCUGUGGGCAAGCAUACGGGGCGAAACAGUAUAACAUGCUUGGAGUAUAUCUUCAAAGAUCGUGGAUAGUCUUGUUCUUGACUUCAAUCUUUCUCCUUCCUCUACUAAUCUUCACAACCCCAAUUCUUAAGAUUUUAGGCCAAGAAGAGAAUAUAGCAGAUAUUGGAGGGGACAUUGGUCACUGGUUCAUUGCCGUGCUAUAUUCCUUGAUUCCAAGUUUUACAUGUCAAAUGUUCCUACAAGCACAGAGCAAAAACGUGAUCAUAACUUACUUGGCAGCAUUUUCAAUUGCAAUCCACCUCCUCCUCUCAUGGCUUUUAACUGUGAAGUAUAAGUUUGGGAUUCCUGGUGCAAUGUUCUCCACUGUGUUGGCAUAUUGGAUUCCAAAUAUUGGUCAGCUUGCAUUUGUUAUGUGUGGAGGAUGUCGGCAAACAUGGAAAGGUUUCUCAUCACUCGCUUUCAAGGAGCUUUGGCCUGUUAUCAAGCUUUCCGUUUCAUCUGGUGUUAUGCUCUGUCUCGAGAUCUGCUACAAUACAGGGUUGCUUAUUCUAGCAGGAUUCAUGAAAAAUGCUGAGGUCUCCAUUGAUGCUCUAUCUAUAUGCCUUAACAUCAAUGGAUUAGAAAUGAUGAUAUCUCUGGGAUUCUUGGCUGCAGCAAGUGUUCGGGUAUCAAACGAAUUGGGAAGAGGGGAUUCAAAAGCGGCAAAGUUCUCAAUCAUGAAUACAGUGCUGACUUCAUUUGUCAUUGGAUUUGCCCUUUUUCUAGUUUUCUUAUUUGUGAGAGGACGUAUUGCUUACAUAUUUACCGACAGUCAGGAGGUGGUUGAAGCAGUUGCAAGCUUGUCACCCUUGUUGGCUGUAUCAAUACUAUUGAACAGUAUUCAACCCGUGCUCUCUGGAGUUGCUGUUGGAGCUGGGUGGCAGAGCACAGUAGCAUAUGUUAACAUAGCCUGCUAUUAUCUUGUGGGAAUUCCCGUUGGUGCUGUUCUUGGAUAUCUUUUUAAUAUGGGAAUCAAGGGUGUUUGGGUUGGAAUGUUGUUUGGAACAUUUGUUCAGACUCUUGUACUCGUUGUUAUCACUUAUAGAACCGACUGGGACCAACAGGUAAUUUUGGCACAUAAACGCGUUAAAAGGUGGGGAGCAGAAGAUGGUAAAGAAGGAAAACCUGCUGCAUCAGAUGUGUAAUUUUAGCUUUCCCAUUCAUCUUACAUCAUAUAAAAAUCUUAAACAAACUAUUGAAAUCUGAAGUUAUUUUCUUUCUCAGACACCUUUUGUUGUCAAUUCUUGAGACUGAAUUAUGUUUUUUUGAAGUUGUAAAUUGAUGUA